AUGGAGGUGAAGUGGACCCAACUGGGCAUGGUCUUCUUCCUGCUUCUGUCCAUCAUCAUGACUGGUUGCUUCCUGUGGCAGUACCAGCUUCCCAAGAUUAAGGAGGCUAACAGGUCAUUAGGCAAUGAUGAUGCUGAGCGAAUGUGCCCCCGGGUCCCCGAACCAGCCCCCCUGGAGCACCCCAUCCCCUAUCUCAAGGAGGCACUUGAGAAGGUGGACAUGCUUCUUCGACACACCAUCCAUGCUACCAGCCUCCCAUCAAUGUCCGCCAUUGUCAUGUAUAAUGACACUGUCCUGUGGACUGGCAAUUUCGGCAAGAGAAACGGAUCAGACCCCUUUUCUCCCCCACCUAACGAAUACACAAUCUACAGGAUCGCAAGCUUGUCCAAGAUCUUCCCCACGCUCAUGCUGUACCGGCUGUGGGAGGAGGGGAAGGUGACCUCCCUAGACGACCCCCUGGAGAAGUACGUUGAGAACUUCACCAUCAAGAACCCCCUAGGGAAGACCAAGGACUUGGAGCACAGAUACACCACUGGCGGGCUCAUCUUCCUGGACAGUGGGGACGUGCCCAUCCGGACCUCCUCCGUCACACUGCGCAGGAUGGCAAGCCAGCUCUCCGGUUUACCUAGAAGACUGCGGGCGACUAACCUGCUAUGGAAGGGUAAGACACAGACAGCGAUCAAUCUGCUACAGGAUGAUGUCUUGGUGGCUGAUCCUGGUACAAGGUGCCAUUACAGCAACCUGGCCUUCUCCCUGCUGGCUCACGUCUUGGCAGAAAAGGUGGUGGGCUCCGACUACCAGCGCUGGAUCUCGGAAAAUAUCCUGGACCGGCUUGGGAUGGAGGACACCGGCUUCGACAUCACACCCGCCAUCCAGGCCCAGAUGGCAGUGGGCUUCUACACCAGCGGACACCCAGCCCCCCUCUAUGAUCUCGGCUGGUACCGCCCCUCAGGGCAGAUGUACUCCACUGCGGCUGACCUGGCCAAGCUAGCUAUGGUCUUCCUGGGUGCCUACCACCGCAAUCUCCUAGAGCCCGACACCCUAAAGAUCAUGCUCACGCCGCUUUUCCGCUGCGCCAAAGAUUAUUUCGCCAACCGGACAGGCACCCCCUGGGAGGCCAACGAACAGCUGGGCUAUGAGGUGGUGCGGAAGGACGGCGACUUGGAUGGCUAUUCUGCCACCUUCUCCCUGGUUCCCAGGCUCAAGCUGGGCUUGGUCGUCCUGAUGUCUGGCACCAGACCCCAAGACGAGGAUGUGGUAAACAAGGCUUAUAACUACCUUAUCCCAGCCAUGGAGACAGCUUUCCGAGAAGCCAGUCGAGUACUGACCCCGCCUCCCAACCCGAUCUCUUAUGCUGGAUACUUCACCUACAGCAACAUCACCUUCUACGAGAUCAAACCCGGGCCAGACGGGGUCCUGAUCAUGCAACAGUUCGGUCCACACAUUGCGGAUCUGAUCCCAGAAAGGUACAGGACCAUAAAGCUGCACUACCUAGAAGACAGGGUCUUUCAAGUGGUCUUUGAGAAAGAAUACCCCUGUGUCUUACAAGUCAGCACUACCUCCGUCUCUCUGGAAGCUCAGGAUGGGCAGCUCUUUAACUUUUACCCCCUUGACAAGAAGAGUUUGUCUCCUGGAUUCGAUGCUCCAGGACUCAACACUUACAAUGUGGUCCGGAUUCCUAGCAGACCCACUUUUAACACUUAAACUUUUCUUUAUGGAAGACAAGAAAGGGGUGAGCAUGGUGGGAUUUUUAGGAACCUGACAUUAAGAAG